AUGGUGCAGCUGGUGCGGCGGCUGGAGGCGCCGGGGGCCCCCCCGUCGGGGCCGGGGCGCUGCGGGGCGCACGGGGAGCCCCUCAAGCUCUUCUGCGAGCUGGACCGGCGCCCCAUCUGCGUGGUGUGCGACCGCUCCCGGGCCCACCGCGGCCACCCCGUCAUCCCCGCCGAGGAGGCGGCCCAGGAGUACAAGGAACAAAUCCAGACCCGGUUGCAGGCCCUGAAGGAAGAGAGAGAGAAACUGCUCCAGCGCCAACGGGCCGAGGAGGAGAAAAGCCAGGAAUACCUGGAGCAGACCCGGGCGGAGAGGCAGAAAAUCGGAGCAGAAAUCCUGCAGUUCCGCCAACUGCUGGAGGAGCAAGAGCGCCUCCUGCUGGCCCGGCUGGGCGCGCUGGAAAAGGAGCUGGCGAAGCAGCAGAAGGAAAACGGCGACCGGCUCGCGGGCGAAAUUUCCCGGCUCGGGGAACUGAUCGGCGAGCUGGAGGGGAAGUGCCGGCAGCCGGCCAGUGAGUUCCUGCAGGACAUCGGCAGCACCUUGAGCAGGUGCGAAGGAGCCCCGGCCCCGCAGGCGGGGGAGAGCCCGUCCCAGCUGGCGCAGAGCCUGGGCGAUUUCUCCCAGAAGAGGGCGACGCUGGAGGAAACGCUGAGGAAAUGCAAAGAGACAGUGAUAUUUAACCUGGCACUGGAAGGGAGCCAGUUUUGCGUGGAGGACCUGGAGGACGGAGGCGAGCCGGCGGACGUGACUCUGGACCCGGACACGGCCCACCCCAAACUCGCCCUGUCGGGGGACGGGAAAAGCCUGAGCUACAGCAACACCCCCCGAGUUCUGCCCCCCAGCCCCAAGCGCUUCGAGGCCUCCCUCUGCGUGCUGGGCCGGGAGGGCUUCUCCGUCGGGCGGCGCUGCUGGGAGGUGGAGGUGGGCGCCGGGGGCGGCUGGGCCGUGGGGGUGGCCCGGGAGUCGGUGCCGAGGAAGGGGCCGGUCACCUACAGCCCCGCGGGCGGGAUUUGGGGGGUGGCGCUGCGCCGGGGGCAGUACCUGGCGCUCACCGCGCCGGAGGAAACCCCCCUGUCGCUGAGCGCGGCCCCCGCCCGGAUCCGGGUGGCGCUGGACUACGCCGGGGGGCGGGUGACGUUCUCCGACCCGGAGCGCCAGUCCCCCGUCUUCACCUUCCGCCUGGCCUCCUUCGGGGGGGAGCGCCUCCUGCCCUUCUUCUGGGCCGUGGGCACGGACCCCCGCCUCCGGCUGGCCCCCUCGAAGGCCCCGGCACCGAUCCCCCUCCCCGCCCAAUCUCAGCCCCUCUAUGCCGGCCUCCCCGCCCGCGUCCUGCCCCCCCGCUUUCGCCGCCAAACCGACACCGCCCCGGCCCCUGGCCAGUGGGCCAGCUCUGUCGCCGCCGGCGUCCCACAAGGGAAACCGAGGCCCAAUGCCCAUCGCUCCCGGCGGGGGAGCCAGCGCCGGCCGCCCCGCACCGCCGGCCCUCCCCGGAGAGCCAAGUACUCCUGGAAUCUGCCAGACUUCUUCCUGUCGGACGACGACGAUUACGUCCCGUUCCAGUGGUGGUGAGAGAAAAUCGGCUGGGGCCCGCGGG